UUUGGUGACAGUAUUUGCAUUGGAUACGGCGAUUGGGUUUUUUUGGUUUGUUUUUGGUUUUUUUCCUGAAUUAGACCCAUCGUGGCUGAGCCUACCUUCUGCAUUUCCACUUGGAGUGUCAGUAUUCCUGCUGCACACAUCUGGCUUUUGUUCUCUUUUCAGGCAGGAUUUUCAUUCUGGUGCUUUUUGGAUAUCAAAGUUGUCUGGAAAACAUUUUUUUUUUUAUUAUUACUGUAACAGGAAGGCUGAUACCAUUCUUAACAGUCGAAAAAAAAAUAAUCCUAUAUGUAUAAAGCUGUCUUCAAAUAUCUUUUGUUUGCUAUAAGUUCCUGCAUUGCCUGUAAAAGCAAAUCUGUUCCGAGAAGACUUUAUCAGCCGGGCGCAGCACUGGGAUUUUCGUUUUCCUGUUAAGAAGCUCGGGCAGGCUGGUGUGCUGAGACACGGGGACUCCUCUGAGCACGGAUGUGAGAGGUCUGGGGCUGUGGUGAGCCCAGGGUUCAUGGUGGGCUCUGCUCCCCUGCUCCCAGCUCUUUGGACGAAAUGUACGAACGCCACAAGAGGCGAUACAGCCUGUGCGACAUUUCCAAGGUGGACAGGACUGUAGAUGUUGUGUUGUUAAAGAUAAACCGUGGGAGCUGGUGUCCACUGGAGCCAUGUCCCGACCCCUCCGGGCUGGAGCGCAAGCGCACGCGGGAGUCUCCAGAAUGUGAGAACUUCUUGGAGCAUGGGCUGAGCAGCGUCUGUGCCUCAUCACAGGGUGGUCUUAAAAGAGAGUCUGGGAGUGAGUCUGACCUCUUCCCCUUGCCUGGUGAUGGGAUGGAAGACCUUGUCUUUGGGAAGUCUGAAGAGGAGCAGUCUGCGUGCGAUGUCACCAGCUCCAGCUCCUCUGCAGACGACACCAUGUCCCUGGAGAGGAACUCAUCCCUGGGCAGCGACACGUCCCUCCCCUUCCCACCCGUGGGGAGCUUCGCCCAGCCCAAGGACAGGCACAGCCUGGAUGGCAGCUGCACCAACAUGGUGUCCUCAGAGGGAGGAGAGAAGGAAGAGGAGCUGGACAGCAUCACGGACGUGCCCACUCCUUCCUCCGUCCUGCGCAGCUCCAUGCGGCCGCUGUCUCCUUUCCGCCGGCACAGCUGGGGGCCGGGCAAGAAUGCCACCAACGAGGCAGAAAUCAAUCAGAGGAGUUACAGCCUAGAAGGCCUUGCUGGAGACUCUGGUGAGAACAAGAAGCCCUCUACAAACCUGGAGGCUUCUUCUCUGAGCUCCAAAGACCUCAGGAGGAGUCCACUUGCCAGCAACCAGUCCCUGGUCCUGCUCGCUGAGGAGCUCGAGCAAGGAGAAAUCAGAGACUACAACCACCAGGUGCAUCAGACAUCACAGCCACAAGGAUUUAACUUCUGUUCUUCUGCUGUUUCAUCUCCACUGACCAAAUCCAUGUCUCUAAUGUCAAUUAGCAAACCAGUGCUCGACAGUGCGCAGUCCUUUGGCAGCUCCAUGGGCUCCUCAGUGCAGAGCAUAUCUGAAGAGAGCAGCAGUGUCUCCGCUGGUAAAGGUGUAACAAAAGUCAGCCGUACCUUCAGCUACCUCAGGAAUAAAAUGUCCAGCAGCAAGAAGAGCAAAGAAAAAGAGAAAGAUAAAGAGAAGACUAAAGAGAAGGACAAAGAUUCCAAGGAGAAGGAAAAAGAUAAGAAGCUGUUAAAUGGACAUCUCUUCACUGCAACCUCCGUUGUAGCCCAAGCAACCUGUUACCACUGUAUGAAGCCUUUCAAUAAGGAUUCGUACUACUGUGCAAACUGUAAUGCAAUUGUUCACAAAGGCUGUAAGGAGAAUUUUGCUUCUUGUGCAAAGGUCAAAAUGAAGCCACAGAGAGGGAUGCUGCAGGCACAUGAUACCUCUUCGUUACCCACAGUAACCAUGAGAAACAAAAGCUCGCAGCCGAAGGAGCGCCCGCGCUCCGCGAUCCUCACUCCCGACGAAAGCACCGUCACCUCCACCUUCAACAACAGGAGAUCACAGCAGCCCACUGCACUCUCCAAAAGUGUCUCCAUACAGAACAUUGCAGGAGUUGGGAACGAUGACAGCUUAAUACACACUUGGAAAUUCCUGUCGCAGUCAACAGACUCUUUACAUAAAAUCAGCCGGGUUAAUGAAUCCAUGGAGUCACUGGUUGAUGAAGGUGCAGAUAUGAAUGAAGGACAGCUGAUGGGAGACCUGGAAUUAGAUUCCAAGCAACUGGAGGCAGAGUCCUGGAGCCAAGUAGUGGACAGCAAGUUCCUACAGCAGCAGUACAAAGAUGUUGUCAAACGGCAAGAUGUGAUUUAUGAGCUAAUGCAGACAGAAAUGCACCACGUCCGCACCCUGAAGAUCAUGAACGAUGUGUACAGUGCAGCCAUGUUAAAGGAGCUGCAGUUUGAUCAACAAGUCGUGGACAAGCUCUUUCCCUGCCUGGAAAACUUGCUGCACAUCCACAGUCAGUUUUUCCAGCGGAUUCUGGAAAGGAAGAAGGAGUCACUGGCAGACAAAAGUGAAAAGAACUUUGUUAUCAGGAGGAUAGGUGACAUCCUAGUGAAUCAAUUCUCUGGGGAGAACGCUGAGCGAAUGAAGAAAACGUACGGCAAAUUCUGCGGGCAUCACAACGAGGCUGUCAAUUACUUCAAAGAUCUUUACUCAAAGGACAAGCGCUUUCAGGCAUUUGUCAAGAAAAAAAUGAGCAGCUCCCUGGUGAGGCGUCUUGGGAUUCCUGAAUGUAUCUUGUUGGUAACACAGAGAAUCACAAAGUACCCAGUCCUUUUACAAAGGAUACUGCAGUACACCAAAGAAAAUGAAGUGGAACAUGAAGACUUGACUCAGUCAUUAAACCUUGUUAAAGAUGUGAUUGCUGCAGUCAAUAGCAAAGUCAGCAAGUAUGAAAAGAAAAUGCGUCUUGAGGAGAUUUACAACCGGACGGACAGCAAGUCCAUCAUGAGGAUGAAGAGUGGCCAGAUGUUUGCAAAAGAGGACUUGAGGCAUCGGAAACUCAUCCGAGAUGGGCCUGUUUCACUAAAAAACUCAGGUGGCCGGUUAAAAGAAGUCCAGGCUGUUCUCCUCUCUGACAUGCUCGUGUUCCUUCAGGAGAAGGACCAGAAGUAUGUCUUUGCCUCACUGGACCAGAAAUCCACUGUGAUCUCUCUGAAGAAGUUGAUCGUACGAGAAGUGGCUCAUGAAGAGAAGGGUUUGUUCCUGAUCAGCAUGGGUGGAAAGGAUCCUGAAAUGGUGGAAGUCCACGCCAGCUCCAAAGAAGAGCGCAAUGGCUGGAUACAGAUCAUUCAGGACACAAUGCACACCAUGGAUAGAGAUGAAGAUGAAGGAGUCCCUUGUGAGUCUGAGUUUGAAAAGAAAUUGUCUGAUGCGAAAGUGAGAGGACUGAAAGAACAACUUCAGCAGAAGGAUAAACAGAUCCUGCUCUUGCUGGAGGAGAAGACGAAGAUCUUCCAGGACAUGGCGGACAGUUCUGUGCAGGAGGAGAUGCCAGACUCGAGGCUGCUCUUCAGAGCCAACACAGAAGAGGCUCCAAAAGGAGAGGCAAUCAUGAAAACGGCCAUAAAUGAAGUUGAACUGCUGCAAGACCUGGUGAACAGGAGCCUGGGCACUGCCCUUGGACAGCAAGUCAGCAGCACUGCCAUGGAUCAGGAGGGAGGAGUUGGCCCCAUCUCACUCCCUAGAAGGGCAGAAACUUUUGGAGGAUUUGACAGUCAUCAGAUGAACGCCUCCAAGGGUGGAGCGAAAGAUGAAGGCGAUGAUGCUCAGGACCUUCGGAGAACAGAGUCAGACAGCAUUUUAAAGAAGGGUGGAAAUGCUAAUUUGAUGUUCAUGCUGAAAAGGAAUAACGAGCAGGUCCUCCAAACCAUUACCAGCCUCCAUAAGCUGCUCAGUGCUUUGCAGGGCGUGGUGCUGCAGCAGGACACCUACAUCGAGGACCAGAAGCUGGCUCUGAGCGAGAGGGCUCUGAGCCGAAGCUUCUUCCGGCCCACCUCGCUGCUGGAGCAGGAGAAGCAGCGCAGCCUGGAGAAGCAGCGCCAGGAGUUGGCCAACCUGAAGAAGCAGCAGACACAGCACCAGGAGGAGAGGCGGAGGAGGGAGAAGGAGUGGGAAGUCCGGGAGAAGGAGCUGGCAGAGCACGAGGCCGAGCUGGCGCAGCGCGAGGAGCAGGUGCAGAGGCAGAGGCAGGAGCUGGAGCGCGAGCGGGAGGAGCUGCAGGCGAAGAAGGUGGCCUACCAGCUCGACCUGGAGAGGCUCCGCACGGCGCAGAAGCAGCUGGAGAGGGAGAAGGUGCAGCUGAAGCAGGACGUGGAGAGAUUUGCUCAAAUGCGGCAGGAGCCUGACCACAACCAGGUUUCAAAUCUACAUGAGAAACUUGCAAGAGUCUCCUCCCAGUCCAGCACUGACGAAUCCUCCAUGCAGAAGAACCCUUCCCUUCCUAAACAAGGGCACUUUGAUGCAGAACUUUCUGUCUCCCCCAAAAGGAACAGUCUUUCAAGGACACACAAAGAGAAAAGCACUUUCCAUUUGCUUAGCACAACAAACCAGACUAACAAGGCAGCUGAGGAACAGACCCAGAUGCCUACUCGCCUCUUCAGUUUAGCCAAACCAAAGGAGAAGAAGGAAAAGAAGAAAAAGGGCAGGGGACAUCGCUCCCAACAGUCUGAUUCUCACUCAUCAGAAGCACCUCCAGAGGGUGAGGAGAUCUUCUGCUGAGCAUGGACUAUUCCAGUGGUCACUCGUGGCAUUGGCACCGUGGACAUCUCCCUGCCUGUGACACAGCACGUGGCUGGUGCCUGCGCUGGACAAGCAUCUGGAGGUUUUAAAUAAAAGAAGUUCUGAAGUCUGCUAAGUGGUGGAUAAGGGCCUCUCUCCUGUGGUUUUAGGUGAAUUCUCCCUGCAGAGGCUGUGCCUGCAUGGCACACAGGACCAUCUCCCUGUGCAAACCUGAGGUCAAAUGAAUUGGGAUAGAUGUUGUCUCUUCUUACUGCUAAAGGAUGAGAGAACAUAGCCUGUGCCUUCAAAUUCCCCUUUUCUGGGGAAAAGAACCAAAACCAAGCAUUUAGCAAAAGAUUAGGACUCUACAAAUGGUGCGUACACACUGGCAUAUAUAGAUAUACUGUAUAUGUACAUAUAUGUAUCUAUGUAUCCACUGGGAUAUGCUUACAGUCCCUGCAGCCAAGGUCCACCCGUGGGGAUAGAUGAUACCUGAGGACUUUCAGGGAGUGUGUAGAUAUUAAAUAUCUUGCCCUUACUGCUCCGACUGUAACACAGUGACCUGCACACCCCUUUUGUGCUCAUGGGAUAAGGGAUGUUUGGUUUCAGAAGGGUACAUUACACCAGGAAGCAGUAACAGCAUUCAGAAGCAACAACUCAGAGGAUAAAAAUUAAAAUUUAAAAUCAUUAUGAACAACUUCAGUGGGGCAGAGAAAUCAAAUGUCAAACUUUUUCUAGAGUCAAGCAGAACAUUACUGGAUAUAUUUAAAAUGGCACAGAAAAGAGAAUUUUGGUAGGCUGGUAAGGCAAUCCCAGGGAGCCAGAACAGACUGUUCAAAUGGAAGCCACAGUAAGCAACAUUUUUUUUACACAAUCUCUUUGAGCUCCAGCUCAGUCCCUCCCAUCCCCAAAGUAAAGAUUAUGUUUUUGCCAGAAUAGAGCUCUCCAGUUGCAUUUGACAUCCCCAUACACACCUAAUGACUGAGUGGGGGACUGGCUAAAAAUCUGCUUUUAGGGAUCUUCGUUCUGUUCUUUGUGUUUUUCUUAGCCUGCUUUUUUGUGCUACCGUUGGGCUUCUGUUUCUCUGGAUUUUCUCACUUGCCCUGCUCGUUUCUGAGGCAGAGUGAGAGCAGCAGUGUCCAAGCAGGUCAGUGAGACAUCGUGGAGCAGCAGGAUGGGCUCCAAGGAGAUGGCUGCUGUCCCUGUGGCUGUGCAAUACCGGCCACUUAGGAACCAUUUCUGGGGAGAAAAAGGUUCUGAUGGACAAACCCCCUGUGGGACAGGUCUGGAGGCCAGUGGCAUGUCCCUGUGGCCUCUGGGGUGGAGUGUCUGUGCAGAAUGGGAAGGUCCAAGGGCAGCUCUUGCUGUGCCAGCUGUGAGGUGUCUGUAGAGUUGUGGAAUACAGACAUGUGUUCAGUGGGGGAGAAGAAAUGCAACAAGACAUACUUUUCUCAAAAAUCACCUUUCUCCCAAACCCUGUCAGGAGAAUUACCCAGGUGGAUUUGUAAAUUGUUACCAGCUUCAAAAUAGGUCAAGGUUUUGCUCAAGAGUUUGAAACUGUCAGGUACAUUUCCUUUCCUACCAGUUUUUUUUCUUUGAAAUAACAAAUAAUUUCUCUUCUUGUACUACUGUUUGAUUUCAGUUUGCUCUCAGACUUGUCAUGAGCUGGUGACCCACAGCAAUUUUCAGAGUUAGUGCUGAUGAGUAUCAGCAGCAUUGAUGGUGAGGUGGAUGCUUGGGCUGAGCUGUCUUGGUGCAGGAACCCUGCUUGCUUUGGAAGCUCUCUACACUAUUAAAACUCAAAAGAAAAAGAGGAAAAAAAAAAAAGAAAGGAAAAAGGGUUGAGAUUUAUUUUUAUUUUGUUUUUUUUUUUAAUAUUAUUUGGUGCUUGUUCUUAAUUGCAAGCAGGGCUUGCAAAAAUAUUUAUCUUUCAUUUUAUCUGAAAGAGUUUUUUAAAAAGUUUACUUGGUUUUAUUUUUUAAUUUCUUUUUAUUUUUGCUUUUGUUUGGGGAAUAGUUUGAGGUUUUUUUUCUCUUUCCCCUCUUUUUUUUUUUUUUUGUUUCUUUAUUUGUUUUGUUUUCUUACCAAAAGAUUGGUAAACCAAAUGUUCUCAUCUUCCUGUUUCCAACAAACCAUGGGAUUGGGCAGUAGUGCUUUGCAGCUCAUUCCAUGCCCAAAGUCACACAAUUUCAGCAGAGAGCUUUCUUCAAGGCAGAGCAUCUUCAAGCCAAAAAAAAUCUGGAAAAAGACACAGUGACUUCAGACAGGGCUCCUUCUGUGAAUUAGUUUCCAUGUUUAAAGAUUUUGGUUAGGUUUUCUCAUUCCCUUUGGAGGCAAAGGAAAAAGCAAAGCACGGAGUGCCUUGCAGUGAUGAGAGGGUCUAGUUGCUCUCCAGGACCCGAGGGGAGCUGAAGGAGGCAUGUGCUGGUGGUGUGGUGUUACCUUUUUCAUAAGAAAACCACCAACUUCAGAAAGUAUCUUCUGCCCUGCUGCUCAUACACCUGCAAACACGAAUGGGCCAAGCUGAAAUUUCUGGAAACCAAAGCAGUGCGUGGCUCAUGUACCGUUGUGUGAACAGAGACCAGGGCACUGCUACAUCUGAGCUCCCCUCAGUCUGGAACAGCCUUUGCCACUAUGAACUUUCCAGUUUAUCCCACUGUCUUUUCCCCAGUCCCAGAACAUGCUAUAUUCACAAGACAGCAAUGUCCCAUGGCUCUGAGAAGGGCACCAAAAUGCAGAUGAGUGACCCAGGGCAGCAGGAUUGAGUCUGCCUGGCUUCACCAUCUCUCCUGACCUGUGUAAAUCAAAAAGAGCAUUCAGUGCCUGAUGUGCAAAUACUAUUGGCUAAGUGAUCUCCCAAGGUCCCUGUGGUUCCUUGACAGAAACCACAGGUGUGAGUCAGAAAUACAGUGACCAGAAAUCCUGUGUACCAAAGCUGUUUGUGUCUUAAAUUCUGGUGGCCAGACCUUUGUCCCUGGAGGAUGCCUGUUACUGUAUGAUUCACUUUUUUGGAAUGAAGCCUCUCCUCCCAUGCUGCUUCCUCCUUCUUUCACCUUUAGGAAGGUAAGGGCUUGUUUUUAUCUCUUUAGCCUUUUAUUUUUCCCAUCUCAGGUUUUCUUUGGAAAGGCUUGGCAUAGGUUCCCAGAGUCAGAUUCCUGCUCUGAUCCCUGAAGGUUGUCUAGUGUUGUCUGCUAGAGUAUUGUCCCAGCUUGACAGCACCAAAACCUUUCCUCUUCCUGGCCUUAAAAUUGCAUUUGCUCCAGUUCCAUGCCUGGCAUCCAUCCUGUAGUUGUUGAAAGCAUGUUAUUUCUUCAGCCCAGCCUGCUGCUAGUUCCCAGAGCCAGUCCCUUGAUCCCAUUUGGAGCACCCCAACCACCCUGUUUUGCAUGGGGUUCCUGGGACUCAGAGUAGGUUCAAAAACAUCUCUUUGAAGCCCAUGUUUUUGGAGGAGAAGAGGAUCCUGCGAGGACUCUUGGAGCUGUUUGUGCUGGUGUUUCUUGGAGGGCAGAAAUCAGAUUUGAUUUUCUUGGGCUUUUCUUGGCCUGGUCUUUGCCACUGCCCAAAAGGAGGGGUUUCAGUGUCCAGGGAAAGUGAGAGUGUGGGCUCAGACAAGUAUAGAAGUGGCCAGUAUUAGCUGGGGGUGUCAGAAUACCCAGCAGCAGAAAGUAACUAUAGCAAAGAGUGGGAGACUCGAUGGGGCUGUGUGGGCUUGGCCUUAGAUUCUUUUAAAUGAAGUGAUCAUCUCAACACAUAACUUGAUGUCAGUUUGAUGCCAUAAAGCACUUUAAAUGGAACUGGUCUUGCCCCUUUUAAUUAUGGUUAUUUGGAGACAAUCACUUUUGCCAUUGCUUCCCCCUCUGUAUCCCAGCAAAAUCAGAGCUUCAAGUAGGCGUGUUCCUGGUUUGGUUUGGCUUUUCCCUGAGAGGGGAGGACGAGCCAAGCUGUUUGUAUUAUUUUUAGACCAAAGUGGGUGUGAAUCUGACUACAGUCCCACUGCAAAUAGGUUAAGUGGCAGGAUAAGAGAACUGGCUUCUGUUGGCUCAGGUAUAUCCCCCAGGAGAGCUUGUGUCAGCUUCACCAUCAUCUUCCUCAUAGCAGGUAGGGAAGCAGCCCCACCAGUGGUUUUCCCUCCAUCUCCUUUUUCUUGUAGAAACUCAGAGUGAAGGAGAUGUGAGGGGAUGCAUCCAAAUAAGUGAGGCCCUUUCCAUGCACCGAGGCGUUUACCUCCCAGUGCCCUCCCCGGGACAGGAGCUGUCGUCCCCACUGAGGGUGGACUCUUCCCUCUGGAGGUGUGGCAGCACAGUAAGGCCAUCAGCUUGUGUGGAUUUGCAUCCAGAGAGUCCAAUCACCUUUGCACCUUCCUUGAGUCACUAGGAUAUCUCACAGCUAUUGCUGAAACACCCAAUUCCAGUCCUUCCACAUGCCACCUAGUCAGAAGAGGUUCUUCAGGUGCCAAAUCCCAAGGAAGCUGUCUGGGAUGUCUAUGGCAUGGAGCAAGGGAGGACUGGGCAGGGGACACAGGAGAGUAUCUGCUAAAAUCCCACAAAACAUUCCUUGUUAACUAGAACUCUGGAAAUUAUUGUGCCUGCUGGCCAGGUUUGGGAAUUUAUCAUGAUUUAGGGCACUCUUUUAAGUAAAAAACCUCCCCUGCUGCUCAUAACUCUUGCUUCAUUUGUCAGAAGGGGCACCAAUCCACAAUUCUUCAUUGGUGAUACAGCUAAUUUUUAAACAUAGGUGAGCUGAACUGGCCAAAUCUCCUACACCUUGUGCUCUUCAGUCUUGAGAAGUGUAACACCAGCUCCUGCGUUUCCAGGGCUCUGUGCCCUUUCCUUCCACGUGCAUUUCACUGACACUGAUGCUUUGCCCAAAUAUAGUUCAGCUUCCAUUGCUUGGGGGAGGGGGGAACAGGAUAACACUGCUUUGCAUACAGCUAUGAGCUUUGUAUGUAUGUAAGCUGUCUAUAGGUAUCCAUCCUUUCCGUGCUCUAAAGUAAUGCUACUAUUUUCUUUAUCAAUAUUAAACACUGACUCAAAAAAAAAAAAAAAAAAAAAGAAAUAAAAAUCUAUGUCCAGUUCAGUUCGCCUAUGGUUAAAGUUUAGCUUGGUGUUUAUUUUGUACUAAUAUGGAAUGCACUUGAGUAAUUCCCAGAACAUUGAGGUGUAUUAUAAUAACCUGAUAUACCUCUGCUUUUGGUUUGUUUCUUAUUAAAAAAAAAAAAAAAAAAAAAAAAAGGAAAAAAAAAAAAAAAGCUUUGCAUUUUCAUGUUGAACCCAUAAAGAAAAAAAGUUGGGGAAAAAAGAUUUUUAAAGAAGAGGGUAAAACCUAAUUGCUGUAUGUUAAUUUGUAAUUAUGUAAAAAGUGAUCAGGUUAUUGACUGUAAAAUUCUUCAGUUUUUCUGCCAGAAACCAUUAGGUUUUGUAACAAGCUUUUAUUUAUCUUCCUUUUUAGUUAUCAGUAUCAACCUCUUGUAAAGUCAUUCUUCCUCUAAAUAAAUUUGAUUUUAAGUCUGA